UGAAGCUUUUGUGGCUUUUUCUAGCCGUUAUUAUUUGUUCUUCUACUAAUGCUGGUGCAGAGGACAUUACAGUGUUCAGUGGAGAUGCUGCCUUUCUACCAUGCCCUUUACUGUUCAAUUACAGAGAUUUUGUAAAAAUCAGUGUUUUCUGGAUGAAGGAUAAAAAAAAAUCAAGUUUCUGUUCAUACAAUAUUCUAAAUAAUGACACUCAUGACCAUAAAUGCGGACUUCGGUUUAAAGUAAAUACAGGACUUUAUGGGUUGAAUAUAACAUAUGCUGAAAGCAGUGAUGCUGGUGUUUAUAACUGUGUGAUGACCAGAGUAAUACCACCACCAUCAGUUGAGAGAUAUUUAACCCUGUCGCUUAAAGUUCUACCAUCUCCUACCCUCCAGCUGAUAAACAACACUAAUUCCUCCUGUGUGGAUCUGAUCUGCUCUCUGCAAGGUUUGAGUCCACAGCAGGUGAACUUCACAUGGACCAGAGCUUCUCAACUUCUUCACCAUCAAGUUUCCAGCAGCACAAACAGCAGUCUGAUGCUCUGCAUACCAAACUGGACAGAAGGAGAAACACUCACGUGUCAAGCUAGUUAUUCACACAACCACAUACUUAGCAAGAGCAUCACACUUCCAUACAAAUCAAGUUGGACUGUGUGUUUUAUAGUAGUUGGGAUCUCCAUAUUCUUAUUAUUUAGCACAGCUUUGUCCUUUGAGGUUUACGGUCAAUGCCUCAUUGCAAAUCAUCAUCAUCAUCUACCAUCAUCAGCUGCUGAACAUGUUUCACCCUCUCAGGUCUCGUUCAUUAACAGCACAAACUGAAACAACUGUAUCUGCUGCCAAGGAAAAAGAAUGGCCAUUAAUAUUGCGCAACACCAGAUAUUACAUCUCCCUGCUACCAUG